AUGACUGAAAUCAACAGCAUAAAGACUUUGUUGCACAACAAGUUUCAAAUAAAGAACCUAGGAGAACUCAAAUACUUCCUAGGCUUGGAGGUGGCCAGAUCCAAGAAAGGUAUACAUCUAUGUCAAAGAAAAUAUGCGUUGGACAUCCUUAAGGAGACAGGAAUGCUGGGAUGCAAACCAUCUUCUACUCCCUUUUUAAGUGAUACAAGCACACUGUAUAAAGCAGACAACUACUUAGAUGACCCUGGCCCCUACCGACGAUUGAUAGGGAAGUUACUAUAUCUCACCAAUACCAGACCUGACUUGUGUUUUUCCAUUAAUCUGUUGAGUCAGUUUAUGAAAUCUCCCACUAACCAUCACUAUCGGGCUGUCCAACAUGUUCUCAGGUACAUCAAAUCUAAGCCCUCAGAGGGCUUGUUCUUUGGGGCUGAUUCUCAAACUCAUAUAAAAGCUUUUAGCGACUCAGAUUGGGCAACGUGUCCAACUACUCGAAGGUCCACUACAGGGUUUUGUGUUUUCCUUGGAUCAUCCCUCAUUUCGUGGAAGUCAAAAAAACAAAGCACGGUUUCCAGAUCUUCCACCGAGGCGGAAUAUCGUGCCCUAGCAGCCACUGUAUGUGAAAUACAGUGGCUUCACUAUCUCCUACAAGACCUUCAAGUACGGGAAACUGGAACUCCUGCCCUAUACUGUGACAACAAAUCAGCGCGACACAUAGCUCAUAACCAGAGCUUUCACGAAAGAACCAAGCACAUAGAGCUUGACUGUCAUGUUGUUCGUGAAAAACUACAGGCCAAUCUCUUACGUCUUCUCCCCGUUCGGUCGGAUGAACAGCUGGCAGAUGUCUUCACAAAAUUUCCCCAUCGCGUGCGGUUCAGAUCCAUCGUUCCCAAGCUUGGAUUGGUGAGCAUACACCAUCCAGCUUGA